UUAUUUCACAGCGUUCUCGUUUAAGACGAAUUGCUACUUGUAUCUCACCUAGGGCUGGAUGACUGUGUCUUCCCUCUUUACACGGUGACAUUGAACAUUGGGCUGUCCGUCACGUCGAAGCUGAUUCAUACGAGUAAUGAAUCACAUAGCUGGCUGCAUUUCUGGGAUUGAUCAGAGUGCAUCACCAAGGCCUUUCUCGCCAGCUUUUCAGAUGGUUUCCUCAACGCCGCUGGCGGCUCUACCAGAUGAAAAAUCGACCGCUAAGAAGAUGCAGCAAGACGGACAAGGCAAAUAUCAGCUCUUCCCCAAGGGGAGGCAAUCGCCUUGCUUUAAUAAUGGCACAUCGGUGGAUCCCGAAACCGCCUUUGCCCUCGCCAUGAACAAGGCCACCGAGCGCAACGAUAGGUCAGGUGCUACGACUCCGACACUGAAAGUCAAGGCGAACCAGCCGAAUCUCGUCCGGCGUCGAAAGGCCACCAUCCCUGACCUUGGUCCGAUGACAACGGUCCAAGAGAUUGCCAUGGACUCUCCGACAAUACCGGGUCGACCACCGCUGCGAGAACGGUCCAUCAGCGCUCCUGAAGAUGGACCCAAGCAGGAUAUGGUUCCACCACAUGUAUACAACCUGACGAAUAGCAGAGCGAUAUAUGCGCCUCCGAAGCAGAUUGAGGUGAAGAGACGACCUAAGAACUCUCAGCCUCCCCGUCUGCCCUCGCCGAAACGACUAGCACCACUGGUUAUCCCGGAGCCGGACACGAAGACUUUUGUGCGGGAAGUGCAGCGCAGCGCUUCAUAUACGCAUCUCAGAGCUGAUAGUACACCACCACUGGGUACAGGUGUCCGCCAGUAUUUGAGCCCUCUUAGCUCUACGUCUGACAACAGCGAUCGCCUCAUGUCAGUGUCAGGGAGCAUGGAUGCUACAUCGGCCACAACGCUUCCGACUCCUGCUUCAGCUCCAAUUAUGGAGAAGAAGCCUGCCAUUAAACAGUGGGAACCUCGAUGCCGUACACCGCUGAGCGCUACCCCAGCUGAAGAGAGUUCACACAGCCAUGGCCAUAGACGAAUUGCUUCCGAGUCGCAAAGUAUCAUGCAUAGAGGCAGGCCAAGGAAACGAGGCGAAUCGCACAAGAAGAGUGACUCCCACUCCCAACCCAGCUGCAGUGAAAAGAAGCGAUCUAGGAGUGCUGAGCAGCGCGCCUUUGAGGAGCUUCCCCAGGGCGUCAGACCGUUCAAGGCUGUCGCUCAAAUGAGCGCCAACGACCUGGCUAUUCUCCGUCAACAGGCUCUUGGCCAAGUCGAGAGGUUUGAGGUUCUACAGGUUGAAGAUGUCGAAAGCCUAUCCAAGGAGCUCCACCGGCUAGAUGAAAAGGCGGAAUACCUUCGCCGCACUUACAACUCCUUGAGGGCUGGCCGUCGUAGCUUGCACUCUCGGAUCUGCCAAUAUCUUCGAUCCCCACACAGGGGAGCUCGAUUUAGCCCCGAGCCGCUGCUUAGACAAGAGGAAGCACUGGCCGAACUCGAUGCUUCGAUUGAUGAUUGGGUCGUCAAGCUUGAGAGGGCUGAGAACAGGCGUACCCGCGUUCGGCAAAAGCUCCUCGAGCACAUCGCCGCAGCCGCAAUACUUUCUGUUGGUCGCGAGACGCCAUCGCCAGUACCACUACCCGUCAUUCAGGACAUCGCCACGCCUCCUCGAAGCCCGGUUAAGACUACUUUCACUAACCGUCCCGAGAGCGCCUCGCCGCCGCCUCUGCGUGUAGUGGCUCAAGUACCAAGCAUGAUUCUCGAGCUGCCCGCCGUCGAGGAAGCUGAAGAGGAAGACAAGGACAAGGACGGCCUCACUCGAAAGUCUACUGUGAAGAGCUCUGCGGGAGAAAGCAUCCGUAUCUAUGCUGGCGAUGAGCUUUUUGCCCUCUUGACCGACGUAGAAGAUGAGAUCUACAAGAUGAACAAUGCCAUGCCGGAGCCUGAUGCAGAUCAGCCUGGAUCUCUACUACAGACUGGGCAUGAGCAACAGAGGAGCAAUCUGAGGCGUAGCGCCCAGCCAGAUUCUCCAACCCUUGCCCCCUCACCAAUGUUACAAUUCUUCAACCCAGCCGCCACCUCGAAAUUCUCUGUCAUGUCUACUGUACUGCCGCCUUCACCCGCACCAGUCCCUCCUCUCAAAGACUUCCCGCCAAAGGAAACGGAAAUAUUCCUAACGAGUGCAGUCUUUAAACCGAAAUAAGGCUCAUUUCUUCCCACUGACACUCUUAUGAGUGUUUCAACCUCUCCAUUUACCAAUCUUCUUGUCGCUCUUUUGCAUAAAAGCAUCUUGGUUACGAGCCUAGACCCUUUGAUACCCGGUCAUGAACCUGUUUUUUCUCGUUAUUACACCAGUCGCUCGUUUAC